UCGUUUAGAUGCUCUUUGGCGGUUGGCGCCGCUUGACUUGCCAGUGUGUGACUCUCCAGGCCGAGUGUGUGUGUGUGUGUGCGUAGUGGUUGUUGCAGAAACACCAACUGACAGAAAGUCAAAAGCAAAAAAGCAAGAGACGCGCGGUGAGCAGCAGCAGCGAAACUGAACUGAGGUGAACAAACAUAAAUACGAAAAAAAUAAAAAUCAAAUACAAAAUAAAACACCGGGACUCAAUAGCUAAAAUAAAAUAGCUCAAUAGCCAAGCGAAUACGGGUUUUUUUUUCCUUCUUCCUCUUCCUCUUGCACAUACAUGCGUACCUGGGCAGAGAUUCAGAGAUUUACCGCCUCCCCCGCCACCACCUACACAUCGACAUUGUUGUUGUUGCUGUCGUUCCGCCGUCGCUCUCACGUAAUCCGCCCCCGGCCCCCGCACCGCCCCACAAACUAGAUAGACCGAAAAUCGAUUAGCGGCCUCUCUUCUUCUUCGUCAUCAUCAUCAUCAUCUUCGGCGUUCGUUACGUUACGGUUACCGUUACGUCGCCCGCGCGUGUGCUGGUGUGCGUGUGUGUGUGUGUGUGUGCAAGGUGUGGUGUGUAUAGAAAAUCGAUUGGCAAUUUGAACCGAACCGAGCUGAGCUGAGCUACUAUCGUCGCCGCAGUCGCCGCGAGUGUGCCGUUACGCGAUUUACAAGAGAUAUUGCUUUUAUUUUUUUGCCUGUGAAGUCCUCUUAAGAGAGUGUGAUAGCGAAACAGAGAGAGAGAGAGAGAGAGAGAGAGCGAAAGAAGAGCUCUUCUAAAACCUCUUAAAAAAAAGAAAAGAAAAACACCGGACAUGGAUAAAUCAGCGGCCACGAACUCGGCCACUGCCGAUGGCCAAAACGAGGCAGCAGCAGCAGCUGGGUGUGGCAGCAGCAACAAUAGCAGCAGCAGCGGUAGCAAUACCACCACCACCACCACAAACAACAACAACGGCGACUUGCAGCGUUUGGCAACAACAUCAUCAUCAUCAGCAACAACAACAACAACAACAAGUGCCGUGGUGGCAUCCCCAAUGACGAUCAACCUGAACAUCAGCACCACCACCGGCGGCAACUUCGGCGUCAGCGUCGAGCCGUUCAUCAGCGUGGAGAGCCUGAAGAAGAUCAUCGCCAAGAAGCUGAAGGUGGCCAAGGAUCGCAUCUGUCUGCUGCACCGCGAGAAGGAACUUCAGGAUGGCACGCUCAGAGAUCACAACUUAAUGGACGGGUCCAAGAUCAUUUUGAUACCAAACGUGGAAACUGGUUUAUUGGCUCAGCGUCCUGAGAAUACGGUUAUGCAAGCGCUGGAAUCGCUUAACGACUCGCAGGUUAAUGACUUUCUUAGCGGCAAGACCCCGCUCAACCUGAGCAUGCGUCUCGGCGACCACAUGAUGCUCAUCCAGCUGCAGCUAAGCACGGUCAAUCCGGCGGGCGGUGGUGCCACAGUGGCCACGGCCACCGGUGGUGCUAGUGGUUCCACCAGCACCACAGCUGCUGCUGCUGCCGCCACCACAACGUCAUCGGCGUCCGUAAUGCCAGCUGGCACUGGCUGCUCCAGCGGCACAUCCUCCUCCUCGUCCUCCUCCUCCUCCUCCACCUCAUCGUCGGCGGUGGCAGGAGGCAGCGGAAGCACUGGAUCCGGUGGCGCCACCACCUCAUCCUCAUCCACAUCCUCGUCAUCAUCGUCGACGAGAACCCGCUCUUCUGGCCAGCGAUCGAGUGGAAGAAUCGGCCAUGGCCAUGUGCACAGCCACCAGCAUCCGAGCCUACAUGCUGCUAACAUGCAUGACAUUGGCCACAGACACGGUCAUGGUCAUGGGCACAACCACGGACAUGGACAUGGGCACAGCCAUCACCAUCAUCACCACCACCAUCACCAUCAUUAUCACAACGCUUCGGCCGUGGCUGCGGGCAGCGGCGGUGGGAUGUCAUCGUUGCGCAAGAUGUACGGCGAUUUGCCCAGCUCAUCUGGAGCAGCUGGUUCUGGGGCAUCUGGAAGUGGCACUGGUCAGGCCCAAAGCUCGUCCACGCUCAAUGGACCCGAUCUCACCAAGCUGCUGAUCAAGGGCGGCAUUCAGAACAUCAUGCAGAAGAGCUUCGCUUUGAAGGAGGCAAGCGGCGGUGCUGCAACUCGUCCUGUGGCCAAUGGUGGAUCCGGCUCGAGUCCGGGCAAACCGGUGCUGGAGCAGUCGCCCAUCAAGUCGCUGUCGAAUCUCGUGUCCAGUCCCAUCAAGAUGACGGCCAUCAAAAACAUUCCCCUGCCCACAACGGCUGCCGCCAGUUCCAGUUCCAGUUCGAGUUGCAGCUGCAGCUCCAGCUCAUCGGCCUCCGCAUCAUCGUCGUCCUCUUCCAGUGGAGCCUGCACCAUUGGCGGUUGCCAGCAGGAUCCCAUUGCCGCCAAGCUGACCUCUUGCUUGUGCACACGCCUACCCACGCCGUCAGUGGCUCCGCCGGUUUCCUCCCUGGUCUCACCCAGUGUUCCUCUAACCAGAUCCGGUUCUACCAGCUCAUCCGGCAAAUGCUCAGAGUCGACUUGCAGUGGGGUGAAUGCCGGAUACGCAGCACGUUCGACUUCCUCGGGCGCCGGCGUCACAUUCUCGGGCAAUUCGAUGCUGCACAAGACGGGCAAUAAUCGCAUCACCAGGACCAAGCAUCGUCACUACCAUGGACAUGGUCACAGUCAUGGACAUGGACAUGGUCAUAGUAGCAGCAGCAGUGGCAGUAGCCACUUUUACCAUCAAGGCUGUGCCGGCAACCAGUCAUCGGUUAACGCAGCUGCCAUAGCCUCGUCUUCCUCAUCCUCUUCCUCCUCCUCCUCCUCCUCCUCCUCGUCCUCCUCGUCGCGUCGCAAGCUGGAGCAGGCAAUGACAGCCGGAGCAGUAGGAGGAGCAGGAGCAGGAUCAGCAGCCACAACCACAACGGCAGCGGCAACGGUGGCUCUGCCAGCCAGCGCAACCGCCAACGAAGCCGAGGACUCCCUGCUGGGUGUGUCGGAUACCAGGACUCUGGCAGAGGCAUCGCGAAAUCUCACCCAGACAUUGCGCAAACUCUCCAAGGAGGUGUUUACCCACAAAAUCGAUCUAUCCGGGGCCGGCGUGGUGACCAGCAGCCGCAGCUCUAGCAGUGGAGCAGCCUCAGGUGGUACGGCCAGUGGCGAGGAGGCACCGCGCAAGGGUGGAUCGGGAGCCGUAAUCGAGUCGAUGAAGAACCACGGCAAGGGCAUCUAUUCGGGUACCUUUUCGGGCACUCUGAAUCCGGCGCUGCAGGAUCGCUAUGGACGACCCAAACGCGACAUCUCUACGGUGAUCCACAUUCUCAACGACCUGCUGAGUGCCACACCGCAAUACGGACGUGGUGCCCGCAUCAGCUUUGAGGCCCCCACCACUGGAUCGGUCUCGGGAUCUAGUUCGGGAUCCGGCAGCAGUGGAUCCACCUCGACGACGUCCUCUAGCGGAGGAAUGCAUCACGGAUCGCGCAGCAAAAUGUACUCUUCCAAGCAUCAUAACUGCGCCAAGUGCAACAGUCGCGCCCAGCAGCAGCAGCAGCAACAACAACAGCAGCAGCAGCAGUCGGCAGCUCUGGCCACCGGAGGUGGAGGAAGCUGCUCCUUCCGUGACUGUCCCAGCUAUCACUCCUCCUCCGCCGCCGCUGGCGCCUCCAAGGCGUCCGGCAGCUCAAAGUCUUCGUCUCACAGCUGCUGCCAGGCUGAGUCAGCAAGCUCUGUGGCCAGUCAAACCAACGGUUGCAGCUGUCGCUAUCGCCGGGAGGAUGGACAAGGAGAACGGGAGCGUGAGCACACGUGCCAGAAAUGUACCGUGGAGCUAGCCAACAUGAAGACCCGCUCAAAGAUGGACCAGCUGCGCCUGGUGAUGCAGCAGCACAAGCAGAAGCGAGAGGCGCGCAAGCUGAAGAGCGGCCCCUAUGCCACGCCCGCCACAGCUUCGGCGGCCGAUAGCCUCUCCUCGAUGGCAGCCGGCGGUACAGGAGCCGUUUCAAUGGGUGGUGCCGCAGGCCAGUACAGUGCCGUGAGCGCCCUGGUGGCCACGCCCCUGCAACAAGCCGCUGUGCCCGUCCAGGCGGGAAAAGCUGCACCCGCGAGCAACAUCACAGGCAACAGCAACAGCAGCAACACCAAUGCCAACAGCAACAACUCUACGGCACCCGCAACAGCAGCCGCCGCAGCAGCAACGGCAGCACCACCCAGCGAAGUCUCCCCCAACCACAUUGUGGAGGAGGUGGAUACGGCGGCCUAAAGGCAGCGGCACCACCAUCAGCUGGAGCAAUCACCAGCCCCGCUGACAUUAUCCUAUUUUGUAGCAUUUACUAGUUUACGCAGCAGCAACAAAGAAAGAAGAUCAGACCAGAGAUGAAGAUGAAGAUGAAGAUGGUUAGGGGAUUUAAAGAUGAAGAUGGAGAUGGAGAUGAAGAUGCAGGACCAGUAGAAGCAGAAUGGGCAAACAAGAGAAACUAGAACCACAACUAAAGCUUAUAUUAAUCUAGAGUUAGUGCAUAACAACACCAAUUCUUAUGUUCGAACACCCGCUCGUUCAAUAUUCCCACCUUCACAAGGAGGCAAAGGGGGAAUGGGAGCGCCCGGAAAGUCGAUAAGCUGUUAAAUUAAUUUUAAGAUCCUUUAACACACACCCUUUUCAGUCCAUGCCAACAAAUUUGGAAACACUUGGAGUGAAUUAAUCAGCUUCUGGAGGCGAAAUCCUUUAAUGUUUUGUAAAUUAAAUUUAGUGAAAUUUUUUGUGUGCAUCCCAGGCAAACGCAAAGUUAAGAAAUUAACAAUUUCAAUUGCAAAAAUCCAGCAAGAGCGGAAAGUAGCAACAAAAAAAGAUAGAAAGCGACAAAAAUCAUAAGAAAAAGGAAAGAAAACAUCUAAUAAUGGAUAUGAUUAAUGUAGAUUUAAAUGUAAAACGUAUACACACACACAGACUAUGCUGAAUGAAUUGUAAGCCAAAGCGGUGGCAAAUUUUGGUAGAACUAAAACGAAAUUUAGAUUUAAUUUAAGACACACCAAAUCUAACACACACACACACAACACGAUCACACACACACACCUGGCUUUGGCAGCUUUAUGUUAUGUUUAACUUUAAUCAACGACAGAAGGAAAAUCUGCACAUGCAAAUGCGACUGCAAAGUGGCGCUUUAACCUAAUUUGCCUUAAUAGAAAAUCGUUUUUAACCUAUUACUUUUUUUUGUAUACUUUAUCACCAAGAAUGUGUUUCGAAACGCGCCGGGGAAAAAACGAGCGACGAAUUGAAUUUUGUUCACCUACACCUAUACUAUUGAAUUAGUUAGUAAGACUAUGUUUUCUAUUCAUUUUACAAUUACCAUUACACGUAUAAUUACCAAUUGGAUUAGUUCAAUAAGUUGCGCAAGAGAAGCGUCUAAGAAGCAGCAAGUAACGCUAACUUAGCUGUAGAAUUAUAAUUUAAACACAAGCAAUUACUAUUUUUUUGUCCUACACUUACUAUUAUCCAAUUCAAAUAAUGCAAUUAGUUCUAGGCGAGUUAAACUUUUGAGUUGGUUUCAUUUGUCUUUGCCUUGUGUGCACCACAACUACUUGAUUUCAAUAAAUGUUUAGUAAAUGGUUUAGUUAACUAAAUUA